AUGCCUAGCCUUAACACUAUUGUGCUUUUCGCCCUUGCAGCCGCUUUUGCUGCUCCAGCCGCUGGCCAAUCGACCUCAGGCGCUGGCAAAACCACCCGCUACUGGGAUUGUUGUAAGCCCUCCUGCGGUUGGCCAGGAAAGGCUGCUGUCAACCAGCCCGUCGGCAUCUGCGGGAAGAGCGAUCAGCGUCUGUCCGACCAGAACACCAGGUCGGGAUGUGACAGUGGCGGCAGCGCCUUCAUGUGCUCUUCGCAGACUCCAUGGGCCGUCAGUAACAGUCUGGCGUACGGCUUUGCCGCUGCUCAUAUUCCCGGCGGCACGGAAGCUGACACUUGCUGCUCUUGCUAUGAGCUCACCUUCACAUCGACCGCCAUCGCUGGGAAGAAGAUGAUCGUGCAAGCCACGAACAUUGGCGGUGACCUCUCGCAAGGCCAGUUCGACCUCGCCAUUCCUGGCGGUGGAGUAGGACUUUUCAAUGGAUGCGACGAUCAAUGGGGUGCUCCUGCAGACGGAUGGGGAGCCAGAUACGGAGGCGUUUCGUCUGCUAGCGACUGCAACAAGCUGCCGCAGCAACUUCAAGCGGGCUGCAACUUCCGCUUCGGCAGCUUCUUCCAAGGCGCCGACAAUCCCAACGUUAACUGGCGAAAGGUUGCUUGCCCAAGCCAGCUGACCCAGAAAAGCGGCUGCACGAGGACAAACGGCUGA